AUGGAAGUUCAAGAACUUGGAAGGUAUUGCGUGGAACAACAGAGUGAGAAAGUAAACGUAGCUUCAAUUGCAAAAACGGCUGUGUUGAAUCCUUUGAUGUUUAGUAGAGUUUUCUCAGCUCAGCAACAGGUCGUUGCUGGUCUCAAAUACUAUAUGAGGAUUGAAGUGACUCAACCCGAUGACAUGAACACUAUGUUUGACUCUGUUGAGGUUGUUCAGCCAUGGUCCAUUAAGAAGUAG